ACACAAAUAAUAGACAUGCUAUUAAACGAAAAAAUAGAACUUGGAUGGUAGUUGAUUAUUCUGCUGGUCUCUGUGUUAUAGAUUUACAUAAUGACGCAAAAGCUUUUGACUUUACCAUAAAAGAUGAUUCUGCUGCUGAAGAAUAA